AUGAAACUCCUCACCUUCUUCUACUUCAUGCUCUUCAUCAUCUUCAUGCAGUUAAGCAGCAAUGUGUUAUCACUGAGUAGUGCUCAUCAUUCAAAGAUAUGCAAUGGUUCCAUAGGUGAAUGCAAUCAAGAAGGUGAAGAAUUGAUGGAGUCGGAAAUAAGCAGAAGGCUUUUGGAACAAAGAAGAUACAUUUCUGUAGGAGCUUUAAAGAGAGAUAAACCAGUAUGUAAUGGUGGUGCAGGUGGUGAAGCUUAUAGUAGAUCUGAAGGAUGUAUUCCUCCACCUUCAAAUCCCUAUAAUAGAGGAUGUUCUAAGUAUUAUCGUUGUAGGUCUGAUUCUUGA